CUACAGUGGUGCCAAGCGCAGGACAUCCGGGUGACCCUGAGAUGGAUCCCCACCCAUGAAGGGAUCUCUGGAAAUGAGGAGGUGGACGAGCUCGCCAAACAGGCUGCCCUCCGAGGGGUGGCCCUAGCGCGGAGCCACGGGCGCCCCCAGGAACAGCGAAAUGGAUUUGGGGAGCGGAGAGGCCCGGCAUAG